AUGCCUUCAAAGCUCCUCACAGACUACCCCUGGACCACCGGCCCCGUGAUAAUCAACGCGCCGAUGGCCGGGUUCGCGGGCUCUGCGCUAGCAAUGGCUGUAACACAGGCGGGUGGGAUAGGGACAAUCGGAACAGCAGACAACAUCACGGCUCUCGGGACAGACUUACAAGCCGUCGCAGACUUCUACAGCAGCUCCCCCUCCCUUUCACCCUCCGCAUUCUACCAAAACACCGGCCUCCUCCCCAUCGGCAUCGGCCUGCUCCUCUUCCUGACCAGUCUAGACGCAGUCUUGCCCGUCCUUCAAUCCCAUCCGCCGGCGUUCCUCUGGCUCUUCGCCGCGCCAACACUCUCGGAUUACGCCCCCUGGACCACGGCCCUGCGCACCGCGCUCCCGCAGACCCGCAUCUGGAUCCAAGUGGGCUCGGCCUCCGCCGCCGCCGAAGUCGCGCGCACCGCGGCGCCAGACGUCCUCGUUAUACAGGGCAGUGAUGCCGGCGGCCACGGCUUUGCGCGCGGCGCGAGCGUUGUAUCGCUUUUACCCGAGACGGCUGUCCGUCUCGCUGCGAAUCUCAGCGUGGGAAAAACAGAUAUAACACUCAUCGCUGCCGGCGGGAUUGUCGAAGGCCGUGGCGCGGCGGCUGCCUUCGCGCUUGGAGCCGCGGGCGUGGUGAUGGGUACGAGAUUCCUCGCUGCCAACGAGACCGUCGUGCACCCUGCCUACCGCGCUGCUAUGCUGGCUACCUCAGAUGGCGCCCUUGGCACCGCGCGUGCGCCCAUUUUUGAUGAACUGAAGGGACCGACGAUAUGGCCCCCUUUGUACGACGGGCGCGCGAUUGCUUCACUCAGUUACCUCGACUGGACACAGGGCGUUGAUAUUGAGGUUAUUCGUCAGCGGUAUGCGGAGGCUGCUAUCCGCGAGGACAUGGGCUUUUCUGAUCGCGCGCCUGUUUGGGCUGGCGCGGGAGUGGCGCUGGUUAAUGAGGUACAGCCUGCAGGGGAUAUUGUGAGGUCUGUGAGAGAGGGGACGAAGAAGGCUUUGAGAGAGGCUUUGGAGGCGGUUUAG